AUGUAUCUCUCAAUCUCGGUAGCCCUUAUUUACUUUAUCAGUGAUGUUUCCUCAAGUGGUCUCAUUUCGCCAUGCAAGAAGACUGAUAUAGCUUGCAUAGAAAAAUCAGUAAAUGAUGCGCUUCCGCAAAUAAUUGCUGGUAUCCCAGAACUUGGUGUUGAGAGCACUGACCCUCAAGCCCUUGACUAUAUUGAAGGAAAUCUAUCAAUGUUGAAAUAUAAGCUAUACAAUAGCACCCUAUUUGGAUAUAAAUUAUGCAAAAUUGAAAAUUUAAAAUUCAAUGACGACUACAAUGUACAAUGUGACGCGAAAUGCCCAAAAUUUUCGAUGAAUGGUCAAUACGAAAUGGAAGGACGCCUUAUUAAACUACCCAUAAAAGGAAAAGGAGAUUAUCUACUGUCUUCACCUGAUUAUUUAAUAAACGUUAACACCGAAUUGGAAAGAGUAAAGGAAACAGAUGGAAAAACUCAUUUUGUCAUUAAAAACAUGACGUUCGUAGCUCAGCCACUUUCAGGUCUUCAAUUUGAAUUCAAAAAUUUAUUCAACGGUCAAAAAGAUUUAGCUGAAGCUGUUCACAAGUAUGCAGUAGAAAACUGGAAAGAAGUCUGUUUGCUAAUGCAAGACCCAAUUUGGUCGGCUUCCAUUGUAAAAAUCGUCAGUAACUUCAACGAAUACCUGAAACAUAACAAUUUUGGAGUCCAUCCUAAUCAUUUAGAUGUCAUGUAUCUCCCAUUGCUUUUAACUUUUUUCUUCGCUAGUGGUGUUUUCUCAGGUAGUUUAAUAACACCAUGUCCAAAGAGUGAUAUAACAUGUAUAGAGAAAUCUUUAAAUGUUGCGUUACCGAAAAUUUGUGAUGGAAUCCCAGAACUUGGAGUUGAACCUUCUGAUCCUCAAUUUAUUCCAUUUGUUGAUGGAGACCUGUCAACAUUCAACGAUGACUUCACGGCUGUACAGUGUGACAUGAACUGUCCGGAACUCAUGAUGGUCGGCCAAUACGAUCUAACAGGACAACUUAUCUCAUUACCUGUAGAAGGAAAAGGAGAUUUCACAUUUGUUUCACGCGAAUAUUUACUAAAGUUUAAUGUGAAGCUGGAAAAAAAACAAGAAAGUGAUGGAAAAACUCAUUUAUUUAUUAAAAAGAUAAAUAUUAUUGCCAAGCCGUUGACUUCUGCUACAUACGACUUUAAAAAUUUAUACAACGGUCAAAAAGAUUUAGCGGACAACUUGAAAAACUUUGUAAAACAAAAUUGGCAAACAGUCGCCGAGCUCGUCCAAUAUCCAAUUUGCGGCGGGUCCUGCUCCGCUGCCUCCUUCUGCUACAUGACAUUUUCACAGAAGGAGCGCAUUUACGACGAGCAUGCCGCGCUACCGAGCAUAGUGCUUAUGACGCUCGGCAGCGAGAGAUCUACACCCAUGGAGUCAGCGUGUGGUACGUCGUAUCCACUGGCGCACCAUUGA